UCACUGUCAAACACUUAAGAGUUGGGGUGCCCACUGAUUUCACUAGACACAGAGACAGUAAUCCAUUGGGGCGGUGCCCAUGCCAACAUGACACAGAGAACACUCGCCUCUUUUUUCCACACCCAUCUGACCAUUAAAGAGGCUAACUGCCAUCCAAUGUUAUCCAGUCUCCAGGAGCUCCGAUUGCAACAUUUUUUCUCCUCUUCUCAACUUGUCUUCCCCGUCGCCCGAACGACCUCUGUAAUGUCCUGGUAAUUUUGUGUGCACUAUUUAAUGAGCAUUAAUCCACCACCCCUGGAUGCCAUUGUUACUGCGGGGUACCCAUUUGAAUGCAAAUGCGUAAGAGGGUGGCACCAAGGUGCUUAUUAAACUGAUGUGUCCUCCUGUCUUUUCUGCUGGAAACACAAGAAAGUGAAAAGACAGCUGGAAGGAGCAAGUCGGACAUCCCGGGAAUUGCUGGCGAAAAAGUUGCGUUUUGCUGCAUGCGAAGAGGAAGAGGGGAAAGCAGCAAAUGUCAAGCGCCGGAUCUCUGGAGACGAUGAUGUCCUGCGGUCGGACCAGACCUACCGCGGCUCCCAAGACGCUCGCUUUCUCAAUUGACCGAAUCAUGUCCAAGAGCUCGGAGCCGAAAGGGAGCGCGGAGGAGCGGUCAGAGGCGAAGAAGCUGCUCGGACUCUGUUCGCCGAUCCCCUGCAUGAUUCCGCUGCAGCCUUUCGGCUAUGACCUCCAGGCCAAGGCCCUGAUGAACUACUCGGAGCUUUGGCGAGCAAGUCUCAGGGGAAGUUUUUGCGGCUCCGCGAGCGCGCCGUGUAAGGGGAGCUGCGGCAUGUGCGCCAAAAUAGACUCGGGGCUGAAGCAGCCUGUGUUGACGACGGGAAGCAGGGUGGUGAAACCGCAGGUGAUCCACCAGGCUGUCGCCAUGCCAAGUGGCUCCCUCUAUUAUCUCAACUACCUGGACUCUGCCUAUCCCCAGUCGGACUUUCUGGCGGGACACUGGCUCACUAGCCCGCAAGCUCAGGCCUCCCUCUCGGCUCACCACAGACUUUUGCUCCUGGAAAAUGCCAAACUGGCCGGGAGCGCAGGUGGUGACAAGAUUCCCACACAUCAGUACCCUCACAAGGAGCAUCUUCCGGGACAGCUAGACCAGAUUGUGAAGGAGAACCACAGCUCUAGCGGCGAAAAAAACGGAUUCAAGACUCAUAAACUCAGCAGCAGCAGCGGCAGCAGCGGCGGCAACAGCAGCACUGGAGACGGAAAACCUAAAAACUUCACAUGUGAAGUGUGUGGAAAGGUUUUUAACGCACACUACAAUUUGACCAGACACAUGCCGGUGCACACUGGGGCCCGUCCAUUCGUGUGUAAAGUGUGCGGGAAAGGCUUCCGACAGGCCAGCACGUUGUGCAGACACAAGAUCAUCCACACACAGGAAAAACCACAUAAAUGCAACCAGUGUGGGAAAGCGUUCAACAGAAGCUCCACGCUCAACACACACGUACGGAUCCACGCCGGGUACAAACCUUUCGUGUGUGAAUUCUGCGGGAAAGGAUUUCACCAAAAAGGUAACUACAAGAACCAUAAACUAACUCACAGUGGGGAGAAGCAGUACAAGUGCUCCAUCUGCAACAAGGCCUUCCACCAGAUCUACAACUUGACCUUCCACAUGCACACGCACAAUGACAAGAAGCCGUUCACUUGUGCCACCUGUGGAAAAGGCUUCUGUCGCAACUUUGAUCUGAAGAAACACAUCAGGAAACUGCAUGACAGCUUCUCUUCUACCACAGAUAGAGAACCCAGGGAGCUCCAGAUCUGAAUCGCUACUAUAAAUCUCCAUAUCCGUUCAGUCCAGACUUUGGGAGGCCUCAAACAGACCGCCUUAUGCUUUACAUUUGUGACCAAAAUUACCAGCUACGAAUGGUCUGAAAGAAGGUGGAGACAGUCUGAAGUUGGUCUCAAUCCCUUUGGCAUUCCUGUUCAGGUACCAUAUACUGACUGUCAUACUUUAAGAACAUUAUAAGGGUUUUUUUUUGUCUGUCCAGAAAUGUGUUGUUUGAUGCCAUUACAAGCAUCAUUAAGAUGAAUGGUUAAAAUUGUAUAUAAAAUGAAAUGAUAUUUAAGAUAUGAAAAAUCUGAGGGGCACCUCUUUAUGUUGUACAUUUCACUGAACGAGUUAAUGUCAAUAAAUAAGUUAUAACUUAUAAUAAUGAAUGUUUGAGCCACACUGUUUCCAUCAUUCAAAUGUUUGAAAAUAAAAUUGAAAA